UGUGUGUGUGUGAGACACGAGGCCUUUGAGAGACAGCAGGAAAACCACAGCAUACGUCUCCAUGUCUUCCUCUUUCAACACAAAGUGCAGCUGCAAACAUCACACGGUUGCACAGACUAGACUGCAGUGCUGUAGCGUCAAGUCAACGUCGAUACUAACAGUGAAUCUCCUGGCUUCAGGUUUUUCGUAUGGGCCAAGCCUUCGGGUGUGGCUUUAUGUGUACACACACUUUCUCUUUUGUGAUUUUUUUUUUUUUGCGUUGCAUAGUCAGCCAGGUGUGGCUCUUGUGUGUAAGUGUGUUUGAGACUGCGUCUGUGAGAGUGGUGGUUUUGCCUUGGGAGUGACUCGGAGACCCGGGAUGGAGUCUCAUGUCCACAUGUGGCCAUUCUCUCUCCUGCUGUGCCUGCUGGGACUACUUCAGACAGAUGUUGGCCAGGCACAGCGCAUGGUGACGAUCCAGGACGGCCCACUGUACCGAGUCAAGGGCUUCCACGUCGCCAUUACCUGCAGCGUCAGCGGCUUCAAGGGCAAGGCUGAGCAGGACUUCCGCUUCUCGGCCUACCGGGCCACCCGGCCUGACCAGGAGAUCCAGAUCAUCAGCACAGAGGGUGCUGGCUUCGCCUACGCCACCUUUUCCCAACGAGUCAAAAGCAAGGACAUCUGGAUUGAGAGGCUGUCUGGGUCAUCGGUCGUCUUCCACAUCAACAAUGCUCUUCUGGAGGACACUGCGGAGAUCGAGUGCCAUACCCCGAACACAGAUGGAGGCUAUUUGGGAACCUACAAUGCUAAAACAUCACUGCAUGUGGUGGAGGACACCCUGACCGCCAUCUAUUCUGGAUCCAGCUCCAAGUCUCUAUUUGAGGGAGACCCCCUUCUGCUGGAGUGCCAUGCCUCCAGCCAAACCUUCCAGCAUACCCACUUGUCUGUCACCUGGCUUCUCCAUGGCAACGGUGAAGCCAAACCCCGCCCCAUCAUCAGCCUGGACCGUGAUCUGGCGGUGCGGCCGGGGGCGGUCUACGAGGAGCGCUACAAGUCGAGGCAGGUGGUGAUCGAGAAGGUGGAGGAGACCCGGUACCAGCUGCGCAUGGUCAAGCUGCAGCAGGGUGACCAGGGCAGGAUCUUCUGCCGGGUCCAGGAGUGGAUACAGGACCCCGACCGCUCCUGGGUCAACGUCGCCGAACGAGACGCUCAAGCUGCAGACGUGGCCGUCAAAGCUGUCGAUGUAGCUGCAGACUCGUUCGCCGCUCACAUCGAUGUGGCCAAGGCUGACCUCCAGGAGGGCGAGGCUGUGGAGGUGCGCUGCAGCGUUCAAACCCAGAAGCUUCCGGAACUCUUCUUCACCGUGGCCUGGUUCAAGGGUGAGCAGGAGCUGGUGCGCCUGGGGCCGCUGGGAAGACUGACCGUUGCUUCAGCAUAUGAGAGGAGAGAACGUGAGGGCGAGCUACGGGCGGCCAAGACCACGGAGAAGGACUACCUGCUGACCCUGCGGCCAGUCAGGGCGGAGGACCAGGGGGCAUACCAGUGUCGGGUGUGGCUGGAAAAGAGGGGCCCCAGUGGGGUGUUCAGCCAGGGUCAGAGCGAGCAGUCUCAGCCCCUGCAGGUCACCAUCAUUCCUAAAGCGAGUGGACUGAGGGUCUCCAUGGUACCGAGCCUGAGUGUCACUGAGGGGGCACCCCUCACCCUGUCCUGCAACGUGUCCGGGCCACACGGCGAGCUCUCUGUCGCCUGGCGACACAGGACAGACUCACAAGGCAGCUCGUUCAGCGAUGUCGUCAGCCUGAGCCUUGAGGGUGUGAUGGAACUGGGCGCCCAGUUUAGUCAGCGGCCAGCGUUGCGGACGUUCCGAAUGGCCGAUGGCACCAUCGUCCUGGAGAUGGGUGAGGCUGGUGUUGCGGACGCCGGCGUCUACGAGUGCACCGUGUCCGAGUGGAGCAGGGACAGUGGCGGAGAGGUCAAGAAAACGGUCAGCCCAUCGCAGGAGUGCUCUGUCCAAGUGACGACACUUGAUGAAUUGGUAAAAGUGGGCUUGAAAAGUCGUACUAACAAAGUGGAGGUGAACAAAGAGAUCAGGCUUCUGUGUGAUGUGAGGGCCCCCAAAGUGCCUCUGUCUGUGACUUGGCUGUACCUACAAACUGCAUCCUCCAAGCCACAGACCGUGGUCUCGUUGCUCCACACGGGGGAUGUGAUCUGGGGCAGAGAGCGGGACGGGUACCAGCUCAGCACCGUCGUGAGUGGGGAACACACACAGUACACGCUGGCCAUGACCAAGGCAAGCCUCCGCAACAGCGGCAUCUACAAGUGUGAAGUGGGCGCUUACUUGAGGCAAACGCAGAGAGCCAACAAGCCAUCAAACCCUCUGGGAGUACAAGUACGGAAGCCAGCCAGCAUGUUAUCAGUCACCCCCUCCUCUCCCCAGAGAAGCAUCGUCAACUCUGACAUCCAGGUGUCGUGCACGGUUGGCAAGGCAACCUCCAACUCCUCUCGCUUUAACGUCACCUGGCAUGUGGGCGGCCGCGUGGUCGCUGGCAGCGACCGUGACGGCGUUGUGAUGCUCCACGACGCGGGCAAGAGGACGGGCAUGAGCACGCUCCCGGGGCCGACCUUCCAGCUGGCGCUACGGCAGACAGGUGCCAGUGACAGUGGCGUCUACAUGUGCCAGGUGCAGGAGUGGCUCCAGGACCCCUCUGGGGAGUGGUACUCCCUCCCGUCCCAGAACGCUACCGUGGAUGUGACGAUCAGCGAAAAACCCAGUGAUUUCCGUACGGACGAAACCAUCACUCACAAAGAUGAACGUGAAGGAGGACAGGUUGACCUCACCUGCAGCAUAAUCUCUGGAGUGGACGACCCAUCCUCCCACCUCUCCCUGACCUGGUACUUCCAGAGCUCAAGCCCAGGACCCGACUCCUCCACCCUGACCCUUCUCACGUACAGCCAACAGGGAGACCUGAUGUACGGGGACAGCCCUGCUGGUCUGCAGACCAGGCUCCGGUUCUCUAGAACCAACCCGAAAACCUUCCGCCUGACCGUGGCCAAUGUGGAACCGGGCGACAGCGGGCAGUACUGGUGUGGGGUGGAGCAGUAUCAGCACGGCUGCACUGGGGUCUGGGAGAAGAAGGGCUCUCGCGAAACAGGGGUCACCCAUGUCACCGUAGAGCCCAUAGCGGCCUCACUGUCCCUUCAGAAGACCACCAAGAGCGUGACUACUAAGCCCAUGAGCAGAUUCGACGUGGACUGUCUUGUGGAAUCCCGUUCUAGCGACCGGUCGGUCUUUGAGGUAAUCUGGUCCAGAACCCAGGAUGAAGGCAGGACCCAAUUGGUCUUCAAUGCCAGUCGGGACGGUACCUUCCGCGCUCUGGACUCACCGGCAGGUGGCAUGAUGUUCAGGCGUCCCACUCCCAUGCACUUCGUCCUCACGUACCAAAAUGUGGGACCCUCAGAAGUGGGCAGCUAUUCCUGCUAUGUGACAGAAUGGUUGCUAAUGCCUGGCAACCGCUGGAGGAAACUGGCUGAGGACCGGUCAGGAGAGCUCAAUGUAAACAUCCAAAUGGAAGUUAAAAGUAAUUUCAGCAUGAACAAGAUAUCAAGGAACCGUGUAGUGACCGAGGAUCAGAGAUUGGACCUGGAGUGCAGCGUGGGGACUGAAGGCUCUGACCCAUCCUCCUCCAUCUACACCAUCACCUGGCUGUUCCAGAGACCUGGUUCCGAUGUUUCUAUUCCCCUGCUGACACAGAUGUUUGAUGGCCGCCUAAAGAUCCACGAAGGAUACCAGGACCGGCUCCGAUUCUCACACCCCAAGAAGGACUCCUUUGUCCUGACCAUCAUGACAGCGGUACCCUCCGACAACGGAAAGUACCACUGCCAGGUAGAGGUUCGCCAGCAUGCCUGCAAUAGCGAUGGCCAGUGGAAAACUGUGGCCUCUGACCAGUCGGGAGUCAUCACUGUCAGUGUGCAUGAGCUUGAGGGAAACUUGCAACUGGAAAAAAAACCCCGCAGUGUCAAUGUGACUGACCUUCAGGCCGGGUUCAACGUCGAUUGCAACAUCAUCUCAAAGUCCAGUGAGGAGUCACUCUUCGAGGUCACCUGGUUCAGAGCCGAAGACAAGAAACAAAAGGAGGCCAUCUUCAGAUCCACAAGGAAUGGCACCUUGCAGAACUUGGACAAAGCCAGGAAGAGACUUGUGUUCGGCCGGCCGACCGUCACAUUCUUCACCUUGACUGUGCCGGACGUCAAUGUGACGGACAGCGGUCAGUACACCUGUGAGGUGGUGGAGUGGUUCAAGACGGCCACUAACACCUGGAAGAAGACGGUAGCAGAGUCUGAGAAGGUCACCGUUAACGUGCACAUAGCUGCUCCUGUCAAAGGCUCCCCCGACGUCACGAUUCCCGUGUGUGUUGUCAUCAUGUUGAUUUUGGCCGGGGCUUUGGUAUUUCUGGCCGUGAUGUUACGCAAGGCAACCAAAUCUCAGAAAGUCAACAAGAACUCCCUUUGGGCCGAGAGCAACCCUCUGAAGCCAGCAGCAGAGGCCUGAGAGGCACGACGGGUCUCGAGAUGCUGAAGACCAGGCCCAAAGCUUUUUAAGAUAC